GAUACCGAGUCUUACCAGCUUAACCUUAAAUGGUGCGAAUUACAAUCCCUUAAGCUAAACGGGGAACGAUUAACGUGGACGAAUAACCUUGAAUCGUUAAAGAAUUUUGUGGAAAAUGGCUUGAAACUACAAGGAAAGUGGUCGUCGCCCGGAGGAAACGUAAAGCAAUUCAAAAGUUCUAACAAUAAUCUUGUCAUCAACUGGUAUAAUAAGAAACAGCUAACCCUUUGUUUCCAAGGUCGAGAUGGUCCCUCCUUAAAGGACAAGUUGGUCAAGUUUAUUCAAAAUAAACAGGGAACAGAAGCUGAUACGCCUGUCUCGUAUGCUUCAACAACCGAGCAAGAAAUUCCGCCUUCGCAAGAAGCCAAUGGCAUCUGCAGUAAUCGACUAGCUUCGGCCGCCGACGCCGAACUUGAGAACAGUAUUCAAGAGCGAUCGAACUCGGUUAUCAGUGCUGAUAUUGAGGGCUUAAAACUGGAUUUACUAAUUCUUCAGAAAAAGGUUGAAGCAAAUACAAGCCUUCUGUCGACGAAAUGCAAAUUACAAGAAACCGCUUUUAGCGCCGAGCUCCUCGAUUACAAAGAGAGGUAUGAGAAGGUGUUAUCGACAUUAUCUAAAAAAGAUAAUGAAAUUGAGGUGUUGGAGGAAAAGUGUUUUUCCUAUGAGAGCCAAGUUUUGUCCUUGCAACAAGAAAAUGAUUCUCUUAAGCUGGCAAUGAAGAUCAUUAUGCAAGAAAGAAGCGAGGGCGAAUGCCGCCAACAAAAGAUAUGUGAUUGUUGGUCCCAAGUGGGCACACUUGGGAAAAGUGUGAAUGAUAAACAUAUCCAACGGCCGUUGGCGGCCUGCAAUAUAGUAACUCAGAACAGAUUUGAGCCCCUUAGAAGUGAGGUACAAUUCCAAGUGAGAAAUGAGGACAACUAUACUGCAAAUAACGAAGAAAGUCGCCAACAACAGCAACAGCAA